AUGUCGAGCCUACGAGAACUCUACGCCUCUGACGACAACCGCCCAGAGUUCCGGACUAACAUGAAUGUCGACUUUGUGAUCAACUACAAGAUCCCCGCCUCAGAGCAAGCCGAGGCCGAAGCUGGAUUUACGCAACUCGUUCAAGUCCUUACAAAGGCCGGCGUUGCUUCCGAAGUUCGCAAAGGCGUUGACGACAGUUCCCUUCUCGUUUUCAUCAAAGUUGCAUCCGAACAAUAUCUCAGGUCCAAGAUCUACCGAGAACGUGUACAAGACUGGCUCUACGGUGUCCGCGUUAAGGCUCCAGAGAAGGACAUCAAAAAAGUGUUUGAGGAGGAGCCUGUCAACGAGGCCGAGCGGCUCCGCGUGGUGUAUCUGUUGCUGACCCUCCCCAAGAACGAAGGCGGUGCCGGUAUUACGCCCAAGAGUGGUCAGUGGAAAUACGUCGAAUCCAUAUUUCCUCUACAUAACCACCAGUUCAACAAGCAAUGGAUCAAGCAAUGGAGCAGCAAGUCUGUCCUGAAGGAGGAGGACAUCAGCGAGAUUCGUGACCGGUUCGGCGAGAGGAUUGCUUUCUACUUCGCCUUUCUGCAGUCGUAUUUCUCCUUCCUCAUGUUCCCGGCAGCCUUUGGUUUCGGCGCCUGGAUCAUCCUCGGCCAGUACUCGUGGGUAUAUGGAGUAGUCAACUCGUUGUGGUCUGUCAUCUUCUUCGAGUACUGGAAGAAGAAAGAAGUUGACCUGGCUGUGCAAUGGGGUGUCCGUGGUGUUUCGAAGAUACAGCAUCCUCGACCGCAUUUCAAAUGGGACCAUGAAGCCGCCGAUCCCGUCACCGGCGAGCCCAUCAAGGUCUAUUCUGCCAAGAAGAGAUUACAGACGCAGCUGCUACAAAUUCCAUUCGCCGUCGUCUGCUUCCUCAUACUCGGAGCUCUCUACGUCUUCUGCUUCUCGAUUGAGAUAUUCAUCGGCGAGAUCUACAAUGGCCCAUUUAAAUCUUAUCUUACUUUCCUGCCAACAAUUAUCCUGACCGCUGCCACGCCUACCCUGUCUACCAUUCUCGGCAACCUGGCGGAAAGAUUGACUGAUAUGGAGAACUAUGAAACACACGAUGCACACGAUGCGGCACUGAUUUCAAAGAUUUUCGUGGUCAACUUCAUCACCUCGUACACUCCACUCUUCCUGAGCGCCUUUGUCUACAUGCCAUUUGGCAAUUUGCUGGUCCCCUACCUCGACAUAUGGAGGGCCACUGCUGUGAAACUGUCAUCAAGCGAGAAGAUCACCACCCAAGGAUUUCACAUCAACCCUGAUCGACUGAAGAAACAAGUUAUCUAUUUCACCGUGACAGCUCAAAUAGUCAACUUUGCGCUCGAGACUCUCACCCCUUAUAUCAAGCGUAAGGUCUUCAAGAAGGUCAACGAGGUUCAGACUGAGAUCACUCAGAAGAGCGCCAAGACUACUACUGCCAGCGCUUCUGAUCCGCCUCAAGAGGCAGCGUUCUUGGAACGCGUUCGACACGAGGCUCAAUUGGACGUUUACGAUGUGUCAACUGAUUACAGAGAGAUGGUGGUGCAAUUCGGUUACCUCUCACUGUUCUCUGCGAUCUGGCCCCUGGCGCCUGUGUCCUUCUUCAUCAACAACUGGGUCGAACUUCGAGGUGAUGCUGUGAAGAUCGCCGUCAAUAGCCAGCGGCCGAUACCUUGGAGAGCCGACUCGAUUGGACCUUGGCUUACUGCCUUGGGCUUCCUCUCCUGGUUUGGAAGUCUCAUCAGCUCUGCUAUUCUUUAUCUGAUGUCCAACGGGCCUGAAGGACCCGGCGGUGAGCCCUACAAUAUCUCUGGUUGGGCUCUUCUUCUCAGCGUGCUCCUCGCCGAGCACAUCUAUCUGGCUGCCCAAUUCGCUGUUCGACACGCUCUAAACCACCUCGACAGCCCCGGUCUGCAGAAGGAGCGAGCUGAACGCUUUUCCAUGAGACGGCAGUUGCUUGAGGAGACGAUCGGUCAGGAUCUCCACGUGGAGAAACCGCUGCCCGAUGUGCCAACCGGCGAGAAGAUUACAAGAGCUGCUUUGGAAGAAGAAGCGCGACAAACAUCCCUUCGUGGGCAUGGUACGCCUGAAGAAGCCUUCUGGCAACGCCAGCAAGGAAUGGAUGAGACGAUCACCGUUGGACGAAAUCUCAUCUCAAGCAUGUCAGCGGCGAACAGGACGGCAAAGGCUUAG